CGUAAAAUUGUUAACUGCGGAGGGAUAUGCGGUUUCAAAAUCAAGCGUAUUUUCUUCAGCAGUCCGUUGGCGCGGAGUCUGCAGGUUGGCUGUGCUACGAAAUAAUCUGUAAGUACAUUUCUUCUGUCUGUUUUACUUGUAAUGUAUAAAAUUUUAGGGAUAUAUUUUAAAUCGCUAGUUAAAAAAUAUUGCUGCUCGUAACAGAUCGGAUGACCGGAGUACCCCAAAAGAGACUUAAUUAUUAUUGUUAUUUUUGCUUUUCUUUCGGGUGAUAAUUUUUCUGAUAUUGUUAACACACACAAUAAGCAUAUUUUGGUGAUCAAUAACAGAGGAACAGCACCGAUUAGGCGCAUCUCCCCGCCUGCCAGCCGCUCUCCCCUCUACAGGUAUCUUGGGCAGCGUCCUUUCGAGAACGCGCUGAGGCGCGGUUUUUUUUUUCUUUAAAAUUUGAAUUAUAGUAAUGCACUCGACAACAGAGAGCUAAAGAUAGGGCAGAAAAAAUCUCCGGGGCAGAAAACGGAAGAGGGGGAGCUAUAUUGAAACGAAGCCUUCGUUUAAUGAGUAAUGGAUACUACGACUCUAAUGGGGAACCAACAGUUUCCUACCGAGAGACGAGAGUCAGGAGUAGGACAAAAAGACGCCCAGUUUGCAGUAAAAUGCAAGAUAACCACCAAGAGAAUGAUAUUCUUUUCACUGUAAAAGAUGGGAUUAUCAGUCCGUUACAACGUAAUGGGAUCAUCUUUGUCAUCUUGCUCUUGUCUGGAUGUAGCUGCAUAUUUUCUGCUCUGCACUUAAGACCGUCAGAGUCAAUAGUUUCAGUAACUCCAGUGGACAUGGAUCAAGAAAAGCUCCCAGAGGGUUACCACGAAGAUCUGCAGGAGAUGAUGCAGAAACUCGACUACCUUCUACCACCAGCGGAUCUGUUGCCCAACUUUGCUCUGGAGUCUCAAGGUGCCAGACUUGUGCACACGAUGACCUCAGAAGCAUUUAAGAGCAACAGACCAUGUAGAUUGUUUGGGAUACCUUUAGAACAAGAACCCAUAGGCCCAAACAUUGUCAUUCAGGUCUGUACAACACUCAGAACAUUAAAUGAAUAUUAGGCAAAGUGGUGUUUCUUUUUGAUAAAAUACUUUACGAUUUCCUUUUCUCUU